UUAACAAUUUAAUGAAUAAACAUUGCAUGCUUUUUUGAUACCAUGGAGAUUCAUAUUGCAAUAAUAUUUCUAAUUUUUGGAUUACAAAAAUUAAAAGCUGAGAUUAUAAAUUAUCGACUUCCAUUUGUUAAAGCUGCUGCCCUGGAUGGUUACAAAGCCGAAACUCAUCAGGUAACCACGGACGAUGGUUACAUCCUCACCAUGCACAGAAUUCCGUCUGCCAAAAACUCCUCAAAAAUCAACAAAUACCCUGUUUUUAUGGUGCCUGGUAUGACAGCGGUUUCAGAUUGUUUCAUACUGCUUGGAAAUGCAUCCAUUGCUUACACCCUCGUGGAGAAUGGAUACGAUGUAUGGCUUACCAACCCUAGAGGCAAUAAGCAUAGUCAAAAGCAUGUUAAAUAUAAUGCGAUGGAAGAUAAGGAAUACUGGAAUUAUACCAUUCACGAAAUGGGCCACUAUGAUAUAGCCUCUUUUGUGGAUUACAUAAGGAAUGUAACUAAGAAGGACAAAAUAAGUGGGAUGGGUCACUCACAAGGAACCACUUUAAUAUUUUUAUUGUUAUCCUCGAGACCAGAUUACAACGAUAAGCUUAAUAUAUUUGUAGCUUUGGCCCCAUCCGUCUACUUAAACGAUUCGUUGAUUUCAGUGAUGAAAAUUGUCGGAAAAUAUUCCAAUUUUUUUGACCACAUGAUUCGGGAAGUUUUAAACAUACAUUUCCUUCCACGAUCGUUGUUCGAGGGGAUGGAAACUGUGUGCAAUAGUGGACCAGCCUUUUUUAGUUUAUGUCGCGCUUUAAUAGCAGGCUUUUGUGACAACUUGGACUAUGGUGUCAAUUUAGAUAGAAUUUACGAUUUUAAAAUUUUUAAUUUAGCAUUUAGUCACAUGCCGUCAGAAUUAUGUAUUAAAAUGGUAAUGCAUUAUUUCCAAAUGAUUGAUUCAGGUAAUUUUUGCAAAUUUGAUUAUGGCCAACUACAAAAUACUCAAAUGUAUGGAUCAUCGACGCCUCCUAGAUAUGAUAUCAAAAAAAUUACAAUACCGGUUGGAUUAAUAUUUGCGAGACAUGACCUUCUAAUCCCGUUAUCUGUAUAUUAUAUAAAACAUAUUUUUGCAUAUUAUGUAAUUCAUCAUUUUUAGGGAGUGCACAGGAUUAGCAAGGAGCUAAAAAAUCCUAUUCCGUAUGAAAUGAAGAAUAAAAAUUACAGGCAUGUUUUUUACUUGUUCAGUAAACAUGUCAAGAAGAUUUAUCCAUUUUUGUUAAGAAUAUUGAGGGAGAACACCCUUAUGGAGUAAUAAUAAAGAAAAUUAUAAUAAUUUAAAGA